GUUUACAAUUUGUCGCCAUCUUUAAUUUUUUCUAGUGUUUUGUUUUGUUUAAAUUGGGCAAAAUAAAAUGUGGGACGUCGCCGCGAAAAGAACUGAAUGCUUAUAGCAGUAAAAACAGUAGAUCUAGUUGUACGGAAUAAUAUUUAAUAUGGUAUAAUGAAACACAAAACAUAGUUGAUAUGUAUGAAAGAUGUGCAUUUAAAACAUUGGCUUCUGGAUUGAAAUGGGGGACUAUCCAUACAUCUAUCAGGCGAUUCAGUCAUUCGAACCUUCACAGAAGAAAGGAUUGUACUUAGAGUUUCAAAAGGGAGAUAUAUUCGAGGUGCCAGCAAGCUCACACUAUGGCCAAAUCAGAAGUCAGUUAGUUUUGUACGCUUACAGUAGAAGAACAAGGCUUAAUGGCUAUGUUAGAGUUAAGCACGUGAAAUUAUUGGGUCAGGAAGUGAAUAAAAAGAUACACCAUCCAUCGGAAAUCGGUGUACCAGAAACAGAAAACAAUUCAACUGACCACAAGCUUGAAGAUAUCUACGUUUUGACGCCAAUUCUCUGCAAGCAUUGCAAAGAUUAUAUUUGGGGUCAGGGUCAUGUAGGAAAAAAAUGUAAAGAUUGCCAUGCCUGCUUCCACAACUACUGCGCCCGCUUCUUCAACAGCUACGUUUGCCAGAGAGAUCCAGAAGCCCUACCAUCGGUCACACUCAGCUACGACAAACCUAUAGCCGAAUGGACUUCACACAACGUUGUGGAAUGGAUGGCUGCCUUAAAUUUGUAUCCAUAUUCAGAUGUCUUCAGAUGCAAAGAUAUCAAAGGAUCAGAUUUAAUCCAUCUGGACAGGGAAAAACUCAUUGGUAUGGGAAUCAAAGACGAAUUCCAUCAGAAAACCAUACUGACUUGCAUCGACGAACUGCUUAACAAACCCGAGGAGAAGAAAUCUCAGGGCAGCGAAGGAGAGGUACCAAGUUCCCCUGGCCAAGUUUACAACCAUAACUUAACCCAGCACAGCUUUAGCAAUUUGGAGAGAUGCGACAAAUGUAACAAGUACCUUCGCGGUCUCCUCCACCAAGGCUUCAUUUGUCAGGACUGUGGCUUAGUCGCCCACAGGACUUGUGCUGCUACUGGUCUGCCUUCUUGCACACGCCGAUCCAUGGACGAGGCAAGGACCCCGUACUUCCAGUUCAAAUCGUUCUUUGGUCAAGGCUUAUGUGUGCAGUACAAAUGCUCGUCAGCCACGCCAGCACCAUCUUUACUGAUGAUGUGCACAUCGGAACUAGAGGAAAGAGCCAGAAAAGACGAGACUCUGGAGCUAUAUAACUUGUACAGUGCCACACCGCCAGCGGACCAAAUGAACAAGCUGGUGAAAAUUAUCGAUACCGAUUUGCAUAGCUUAGAUUUAAGUGAGUUCAGUCCAGUUGCCAUAGCGGGCGUCAUAAAGAAGUUUCUUCGCGAGUUGCCCGACCCACUCAUCCCUGUGCAAUUGUACGAUAAAUUUUUGGAAGCUGAAAAGAAGAAGAACGAUGAAGAAUGUACCUCGAUUUUGAAGCAGCUCGUCGAUGAGUUGCCUGACCAUCACAGGAGCACCUUACAGUUUGUUAUGGUACACUUGUGCAGGAUUUGCCAAAUGGAGUUUGCCAGGGGAAACAAGAGUCCACCAACUGUCCUUAUUCAAGUCAUGUGCCACAUACUCCUUAGGCCGCCUUGGGAACGUAUUAUACAAGUCGUAUACAACAGUCAGUCACACAAUAGAAUAGUAGAGAUUCUUCUUCUUCAUUGCGAUUGGGGCGAGAGGUUACCUGAAUUCGCUUCAGCUCCAGCUAUACCACCCCGAAAAGUAUCAGGUCGAAUGGGGAGACCUUCUGAGUCCUCUAGUUUUUCGGAAAAAGAUAAAUCCAUGUCUUUACAAGACGCAGAAUGGUACUGGGGUAACAUCAAACGAGAAGACGUAAACGAUAUGUUGAACGAUACAGCAGACGGGACGUUUUUGGUCCGAGAUGCCUCCAGCAAAGGCGGUGAAUACACGUUAACUCUCAGAAAAGGCGGUGCAAAUAAACUGAUCAAAAUUUGUCAUAGAGAGGGGAAAUAUGGGUUUACCGAACCUUACACGUUCAAUUCCGUCGUGGAAUUGAUCAACCAUUUCAAAACUGCUUCGUUAUCGCAGUAUAACACAUCCUUAAACAUCAAAUUGAUGCACCCAGUAUCGAGGUACAACCAAGAAGAAGAACUAGCCAAAACGGAGAAGAUAGAUAAACUAGUUGAGAAAUUGGUCGUAAUUAACAACAACUUGGUGGAAAAGCAGAAAGAAUCUGAGCGAGUGUCCAAAGAUUUCAACGAGACAUCCCAAGAUGUUCAGACCCGGCGUCAUGCUCUCAACGCUUUAAAGGAGUUGGUGAAAGUUUUCCAGGAGCAGACGUUGAUUCAGGAAAAGUUCCAAAACGAAGCUCAACCUCACGAAAUCAAGAGUUUAGAAAUCAAUUCUGAACUACUUAAAGAGCGGCUGGUUCUGAUGAAGGAGAGUUGUGAACAACUGGAGCAAACCCUUCAAACUAAGGAGUCUUAUAACAGAAAAUUAGAAAGGGAUUUGACUUCUUUGAAACCGGAAAUACAUAGUCUGCGCAAGGAAAGAGAAAAAUACAUUCGCUGGCUUCAACAAAGAGAAUAUUCACCGGGUAAACUAAGCAAGAUCAUUAAUAGGAACGCUGAUGAAACGCUUUUAGAAAACGAUGUAGACCCUGAAUCGUUGCCUCACAACGAUGAGAGCAGCUGGCUAGUUUUGAAUUGUUCUCGGGAUGAAGCAGAGAAAAUGCUGAAGGAUAAACGGGAUGGAACUUUUUUAAUUAGGAAAUCUACGAAUUUAUACAAGCAUGUUUUGGUUAUCGUAUGCAACGGGAUUGUGAAUCACUGCAUCAUCAACGAGACUGAUAAAGGUUAUGGAUUUUCUGAACCAUACAACAUCUACCCUUCCCUUAAAGACUUAGUGCUGCACUAUGCUACCAACUCCCUAGAGAUUCAUAACGAUCUUCUUAAUACUGUACUGAAGUACCCUAUUGGUGCCACCUCUUCUUCUAGUAACCGCGAGAAUAUUAAUGUGUACUAAUUUUUUGGCAGAUUGUGAUAUAAGCUGUGGUGACUAUCCAUUUCAAUGUGAUGAAGUCUUAAUUUUAAAAACGUUCAGUUUGAAAGAAGAAUUGAAAAGAAGGAACUUUUAAAUCUUAUAAAUUUAUAUUUACAUUCAGACUACUAUAUUUUAAAUCACUAGGUUUUAAAUUGACUGUGAUAGUGUACUAAAGAAAAAAAAAGAGCGGCAUGUGGCGGGGAAGUGAUUUUUUUUUGGACAAAUUUAAAUGGAAUGAUGGGAAUUAUGCGCAUGCUGUGCAUCUCAGAACUUUUUAUGGAAAUUGCUCGGUCUCAAAAAAGUAUUUUUUGUUAUAAAUAUUCUUUUAUCUCGCUUGGCAAGUUUAUGGUUUUAUGCAUUCAACAGUCUACAAAAAGUCUUCUUCAAAUUUUUAUUUUAUAUUUCGUAUUCUCUUAUUAAUUGGUAUUUUUUACCAAAUCUAUUUUAAUUUCACCUAUACGGUUUCAUAAAUAAAAUUGAAAAUGUUAUACAUUUUUUCUUUACCGUACCUUAAAAAGUUGUUUAUAUUAAAUAGUACAGAUGUUGUCUGCAUAGAUCUGUAUUCAAGUCAUGUAUUUGUGCAAUUUUUAGAGUUUUUUUUUUAUUUUUUUGAGAAAAAAAUCUUCGAAAUGAACAAGCUUAAGGCUGUAAAUCAACUGGAACAUUAUCAGCGGUUUUGUAUUUCUGAGGUACCAGUGUAAUUUUAAGUUUUCCAUAUGGGUACAAGCGUUUUUAUAGUACAUAGUUAAACGAAAAAAAAUAUAUCAAUAAUUUUAUUAUGAUAAAAAAAUUAAUUAUUAACAAAGGGUCAAUAUUAUCCCUUAAGCAUUACUUAAAAAGUUACUUACUUAGUAUAAAAAAUCAAUGAAAUAUGCUUUUUGAAGUGAAUAAUUGAUUAAAUAGCAUUGUUUAACUGGUAUUAUGAAAGCAGUUGUGCACAUUAGAAGUAUGGCCAUUUUUUUGUAUUAAAUUAUUUUUAUUUUUAUAAUGGCGUUCUAGUAUAAUGGUGUUUGUCUUUGUAUGUCAAGCUACAGUAUUAGUAUCGUUAUACGGAUAACUGUAACAAAUUAUCCUCCUUUUACAGUGGAUUUUGUCCGUUUAAUUUUCUCUGGCUAAAAUGGCCUAAAACGUUUAUACACAAUGGAGAUUUACUACAAUAAUGCGUAGCUGUGCUUCCGUAUAUUUAGUUCGAGACAAUUUUUUAUAUCUAUAUUAUUUGUUAUGAAAACUGGCUUCUUAAAUAAUUUUAUAAUUUUGUUACGUGUCAAGAUCGCUCUGCCAUGCAGAUGAUUAUCUUAGAAUAUAUUUUUCUUUUUAUACAUACUUCGCUAUUUUUUUUACAAACGUUUCUGGUGAGAUAGCAUCAAGUUUUCUCAAAUUUUCGUUGGGUAUUUAUUUAUAUGAUUCCAUAAAUUCACAGUCCAUCAACAGACAGUUGCAGACUUUCAUAAUAAAAUUCAUUCUAGUUUUUUGAUGGACUAAUAUAUACGGGGUAGGUUUUUAUUUGCCUGGUUAUAUUUUUUACUAAAAAUGUUCCUAGUCAAAACAAAAAUUAUUGUAGAUGUGUCAGGGUUUUUGGCCUCUAUUAAUUGUAUAUGGCGAAUUUAAUUAGUGCCCUGAAAACACCAUAUUGGUGUGGAUUAAAAUGUUUCUUAAAGAAAAGCGCCAAUAUACCGAGCAAAUAAUCAUCCACCCCGUUGUAUGUAUUCUUUAUAUAAUUAAAUUAAAAAUAAAAUGUUGUAAUAACUUACAAAAUAUAAAGAAUACUAUAUAUAAAUUAUACUAUAUAGCCCCAAAAUAAUAAAAUAAGAUGCUGGGGAUUCAAGUUGUAUCUUAGAUUAAAAUGGGGCUCAAAUCCCAAAUAAGUUAAAUGAGGUAUCGCGCAGUUCAAGCUUGUGAUUUGACGCAUCAUUUAAUUUAUUUAUUUUUAUAUAUGUGUUGGUAAUGAAGAUCAACCAGAUAUAUCUUUGAAAAGCCAUUGUGUGACAGACAUUUGAGUAAAUCUUGCAACUAAAGCAUUUUCGUGUUGUAAAAUUAAGGUUUUUCUGUAAUGUUAAUCCAUUACAGCCGUAUUUGAAUAAUUACAGCUUCACAAAAAGGGGCACCGAUCAGUACAACAAUGUACUGUACUAAUAUCGAUGUAUUUCUGGUAAUUUUGUCGUGGCUAACGGUCCGCGUGUGACGGACAUUUAUAUUUUAUAUUAUUGUCCCGCCGUUAUACGGAAUUUUACACGGGGUGUAAAGGUCCGUUCUGCACGGGACCUUAGCCACUUCCGGGUUUUAUAUAAAUUUAUUUUUAAUCAGUGUCAAAAUAUAACUGUAACUCGAUGUCGAAUUUUUCAUUAUUAGGUGUGAUUCGGAAAUAUUUAGAAUUUCUGAGUAGCUAUGUAAAUAAAGCUUUGUUGUGAUAAAUUAACUAACUGAUCUCGAACGGUUUACUCGAAUGUCACUUCACUCUUCUUCGCUGUGCUUCUAGUAGAGUGGUCCCACAAAUAUGACCAAUUGAUUAUUGUAUUAAUUCAAAAUAUUUAAUGUUGGUUCUGAUGUUUUAAGAAUUUAUGAUAAACUGUUUUUAUUUCACUUGAAAUCCUUAAAUAAAGAUCAUUAUCGAUUGAA